AUGGGUGUGAUGAUAAUGAUCAUGCUUACAAUCAUUUUUAUUAUGGAAUUCAUAGCUGGAAGUUUGGGGAAUGGAUUCAUAGCUGUGGCAAACAUUGUGGACUGGGUCAAGAGAAGAAACAUCUCUUCAGUGGAUCAGAUCUUCACUGCUUUGGCUGUCUCAAGAAUCUCUGUGCUCUGGGUAGUAUUCACUGACUGGUGGGUUUCUUCAUUUUACCCAGCUUCUUUGGUUACAGGAUAUAUGGUGAGAAUUAUUUAUAUUACCUGGACAGUGACCAAUCAUUUCAGCACCUGGCUUGCUACUAUCCUCAGCAUCUUUUAUUUUCUCAAGAUAGCUGUUUUUUCUAACUCUGUAUUUCUCUACCUAAAAUGGAAAUUUAGAAAGGUGCUUUCAGUGGCAAUGCUAUUGUCUCUGUUCCUCUUGUUCUUAAACAUCUUCAUGGUAAACACCAACAUUGAUAUUGUGAUUAAGGAAAUUAGAAGAAAUGCAUCUUACGCUUCGAUUACAAGAACUUCUCUACAGUUCUUUAAGUUCCUCUUAUUCCCCAGCUUUGUAUUCAUACUCAUCCCCUUCACUGUUUCUCUGAUGGCUUUUCUCCUGCUCAUCUUCUCCCUGUGGCGACAUCUGAAGAUCAUGCAGCACAACACCAAAGGCUCCAGAGAUAUCAGCACCACAGCCCACAUAAAGGCCCUGCAAAUGGUGGUCAUCUUUCUUAUACUUUACAUCUUUUUCUUUCUGUCUAUAGUUGCAGUGGUUUGGUCAUCUGAUUUGGAGAAUAUUCAAAUCACCUUUUUUGCAAAGGCUGCUCUAAUAACUUUUCCUGCUCUUCACUCAUGUGUACAGAUUCUGGGAAAUAGUAAACUGAGACAGGCCUUGCAUUCUGUACUGCAAUGGGUGAGGUUCAGGUCAGACAAGAGACUUUUGCAUUCCUAG